CCUCUCACUUGGUAAUGUCUUUGUUGCUGUAAUCAACACUCAAGAUGUCACUUCAUAGUCAUCAUAGCCAUUCUCACGAGCCUGCCCACAGACUCUUUGCUCGCAUAAACACUUUAUACAGACUGUUCAUUUGCAUAGAUCUCAUUUCCACGUAGCAUGAGAUCUUGGAUAGACUGAAACAUCUGCUCGACUGAAAAAGCGCCCCGAAUUGUUGAUCAUAUCCAGUCAACGCGCUUCUUUUGAUGCCAUGUGUUCUUACAAGCCAAGCAAUGGCCACAUAUCCGUAUCUCAACGGACCUAGCUGUCACUAACAAUCCGUCAAAUAUGCCGUCCAAACAUUUGGCUCAGUGUGAUCUUGUCGGUUGUCACAGGCUCCCAACUUACACUGGACCGUCUGCUGUGCUAUGAUCCUUCAAGGCUACCAAAUUCACCAUAGCCCAACCCAAGCAUCGCCAUCACCAAUCUGUCCUCAAUUUAAUAGUCUACCAGCAUUACCUAGUAUUAGCCCGUCCUCUACUUAAUCUGCCUUAACUUAUAGUGAAGGCCUAGCUGUCACCGGCGUAGGACUUGUGGUGGCUACAUCCCCACACAGCCACUCCCUCCCAGCCCAGCCCAGCUCAUAGGCAGCAACAUCCACAAUAAAACCACCAACAUCUUGCCAUAAAACUGUCCUUGUUAGAAAGAUCUACUUAAUAGGCAUCAAUAUUCCUCUUCUCAUAGUAGCAUUAAUUUUAUUCCAUAUCUCACCCUCUCAAGAUACCCCUGUUAUAGUGCUUAUAAAAUGUUAUCCAACCUCGCCUCAAAACUAGGCCUCACCUCCAAACCCGCAUCCCAAUCCUUCCUCAAGCCACGCGACCCUUCCAAGAACAUGCUCACCAAAGUAGACUACACGUCAAACGACAUUCCCAUCCCUGAUACUUUCCUCUCUUCUCCGCCUGAAAUCCCAAUAACGACUCAUUCCAUCGACUUUGCAAACUCUCCUCUUCCUCAGUACGAUGGUCACACAGCUAUCGUGCUAGACAACGUCCUCUCACCAGAAGAAUGCAAACAACUUCUCUCUCUAGCUGAAGCGUCCGUUCCAAGACCUGAUGAGAGUGCCCCGGCUUGGAAACCAGCUUUGAUAAGCGCCGGUCCUGGAUGGGAGGCCCCGGCGCCUGGGUAUAGGGAGAGUGAUAGGAUCAUAUGGAAUCAGCAGACCGUUGUUGAUCGCCUAUGGGAGCGCUGCAUACUCUCUGAGGGUUUGCGAGAGCUUCUGGCUGUGGUGCCGCCCCAGCCCUAUAUGAAGGGUGGGAAAUGGGUGUUUAGUCGAUUUAACGAGAGGAUGAGGUUCUUGAAGUAUUCACCAGGACAGUUCUUCAAACCCCACUGCGACGGUCCUUUCUACUAUACCGAAGGUCCAGGAAAAGAAUUUGAGACUUUCUACACUGUUCACCUGUACCUCAAUGACUCUGUUGAGAAUGAUCCAGCAUCAGAACUUCAAGGUGGCGCAACUUCAUUCCUUGACAGAAAGGGAGAGAAGAGAGUGGACGUAAACCCCAAAACUGGAAGCGUUCUCAUCUUCCAACACAGAGGGCUUUUCCAUGAAGGAGCAACGGUGCGCAAGGGGAUCAAAUACACCAUGAGGACAGAUAUUCUGUACGAAUGGGUGCCUGAUAAGGAAACGGAAGAGGCCAAUUAAGACCUCGAUUUUGGUGUAGACAAACUAAGAAGACCCUGAUGCUAACUGUCAUCUGUGCAUUUUCUGUAGCUCUUCUUCUUAGACUAUCUUUAGUGUGGAUUUGCUCAAUUGCAUUCGUUAUGUAGAGCAAUCCUAAAUUUGCCAUAAGGCUACUCUAAAGUUGUGGAUGUGCCGCCGCUGCCUAUUACCUAUAUUUCCGUUCUUUCGGCAUCUUCUUCGCCAC